AUGGGUUUCUUUGAGAAAGUGGAAGAUAGGCCGACGCCAAAGAGCGUUUACAACUGGCGGGUCUAUGCCAUCGCAGCCGUCGCUGGUUCUGCGGCUGUUAUGAUUGGUUAUGAUAGUGCCUUCAUUGGCGGAACGCUCGCUCUUCCAUCAUUCAAAUCAGAAUUCGGGUUCAACAAAAUGAGUAAACACGAAGUCGAUUUCCUCAGCGCAAACAUUGUCUCCUGUUAUCAAGCCGGUGCCUUCUUCGGCGCUCUGGCCGCCUACGCCGCCGCAUUUUUUGUGGGUCGCGCACGUGGUAUGGCCAUAUUCAGUGCUAUCUUCUGUCUUGGUGCUGGAUUGAUGUUGGGUGCAAACAAAGAAAGAGGACUUGGUCUUAUUUAUGGCGGUCGUGUCCUUGCUGGCAUUGGAGUUGGUGGAUGCAGUAACAUUGCCCCCAUCUAUAUCUCGGAAAUUUCGCCUCCUGCCAUUCGUGGUGCUCUUGUCUGUAUGUUUGAACUGGGAUGGCAGAUUGGUGGACUUGUCGGAUUCUGGAUCAACUACGGAAUUGCAGAAACUCUCGCGCCCAGUCAUUCUCAAUGGAUCAUUCCUUUUGCUGUUCAACUCAUCCCAUCUGGACUUCUCCUAGCUGGAUCCUUCUGGCUUCGCGAGUCCCCAAGAUACUUGAUGUCCAAAGGCAAACGGGAGUUGGCCAUCAAGAAUCUUUGCUGGAUCAGACAACUUUCCGAGGAUGAUCUUUACAUGAAAGAGGAACUUUACGCAAUCGAUCAAAACAUUGAGCGGCAAAUGGUUGAUGGUGGUCUCGGCUUCUGGCAGCCAUUCAAACUCUUGGCCCGCAGCAAAAGAAUUCAAUGGCGAUUCUUCCUUGGUGGUUCCCUUUUCUUCUGGCAAAACACGUCUGGCAUCAACGCAAUCAACUACUAUUCCCCAACUGUCUUCAAGAGCAUUGGAAUCGUUGGUACCAACACUGGACUUUUCACAACCGGUCUGUUCGGCGUAGUAAAAACUGUCUUCACUAUUGUCUACCUUCUCUUCCUUGUCGACUCCUUUGGACGACGAAGACUUUUGAUGAUUGGUGCAAUUGGAGGCAGUUUCUGCUUGUGGUACGUCGGAGCAUACAUCGCCAUUGCAAAGCCAGCUCUUCACCAGAGCGCCAAAUUAUCGAGUGGUGGUAUCUCAGCUGUCUUCUUCUUCUAUGUGUGGACGGCAUUCUAUUCUCCAACAUGGAACCCAACUCCAUGGGUUCUCAACUCCGAGAUGUUUGACAACAAUGUUCGUGGCUUAGGUCUCGCAUUUGCCGCAGCCAAUAACUGGUUCUGGAACUUCAUUGUCGCACGAUUCACACCACAGAUGUUUACCACCAUGGGUUACGGUGUCUACUUCUUUUUCGCUUCCCUCAUGAUCCUUUCCGCCAUAUUCGUCUAUUUCUUGAUCCCAGAAACCAAGAACAUUCCUCUUGAGGCCAUCGAUCGUUUGUUUGACCGCCGCCUCAAGGCAAGCCAGGCACACGCUAUCGUUUGGGCCGAAUUGGAACAGGAAGAGGAGGCACUCCGCGCCGGUCUCGCAGCGGGGCUGGAAAAAGAGGGUCACAUGGUCUCCCAAGUAGAGGAGGUCUAG